AUGAUGAGACUUGAGGCUCGGUCCAUGAAACCCUGCACGCUAGACGGAGCGAGUGAUCCAGACCUACAACGAGCCAAUGAAGCUUUCGUGUGGUCGACCGCACCCGGUGGUGAACGAGCAACUGGCGCUGUCCAGCGCAGAGAGUCGUACACUAGGCAGCGCCACUGGCCGCGUCCGUGGCGUCCCGCAUUGAGCGCGGACAACUGGCGCAAGUGUCGUUUCAGUGCCGCAAGGGGAAGCCCGUUUCUAUCUGGGAGUGCACGUGCACUCGAGACUUCGUUGCACAGCCGCUACCCUGCGUUGAACAGUGCUGUUCCAGGUGGCCACGUGUCUAUGCAGUAUGGGCAGGCUGCGACUGCACGAGACGCGAACGAGGCCCGUACCGGCGUCUACCAACCUAGCAUAGAAGCAAAGCUUAAAACACUAACUGAAAAGGUUAAACUUGCGUGUGUGCAGUGCAGAGCGCCGCUGGAACUAGAUAGCGCUAAUCGUUUGCGCUGCCCGAACGGUCACGGCGAGGCGAGCUGGAUUCAGGUCAGCGAAAAGAGCAGAGGUGGCGGCUUUUGGGACCUGACACCGCAAAGGUUCCGCUACAACGUAGAUGAACGUCCUCGAGGACCUUCUGUGGAACUUCGUCGAGACCUCUUCCAGAGCCCUUUCGUCGCCUUUUUGUACGAGCGUGGGUGGCGAGACCAGUUCCGAUCUUCGGGAUUUCCCGGCCCCGAUGCUGAGUUUCGCAUCGUUCAGAGCUUUUUCAAGGGCGCAAACUGCGUUAUGGAUCUAAGCUGUGGUUCCGGACUUUUUACUCGUCGCCUUGCGGCUAGCGGGGAUUUUGACCACGUCAUCGCUGUGGACUACUCAGAGGCAAUGCUGCGCGAGUUGGUCGAACGAGCGGAGCGCGAGCCGCUACCUGAACGCAUCGGUGGCGGCUUUGUGUCUGAUCGUAUCACUGGCAUCAUUCGCGCUGACGUGGAGCGUUUACCUUUCGCCAAUGAGUCUAUCGACUGUAUUCACGCUGGUGCUGCGUUGCACUGCUGGCCCUGCGUCCAGGACGGACUCCAUGAAGUGUAUCGGAUUUUGCGGCCCAGCAAGGGGCCAGGCUCCGGUCGUUUUCUGGCAACGACAUUCCUGUGGUCGACGUCGCCGUUUGGACUCGCGGUCCGUGAAGGUCGUCUGCUUAGCCCGAGCGCCGGGUAUCGCUUCUUCGAUGCAAAAGAACUUGAGUGGCUUGUGAAGAGCGCUGGUUUCGAGCGGGUAGAAAUUGAGGUGAUUCGUCAAUGUGCGAUCAUUCGUGCCUGGAAAGAACCGAGGGCACGGCACGGAUAG